CAAGCCCUCAGAAACACCUGCGAGCCCUCAGAAACACCCGCCAGCCCUCAGAAACACCUGCCAGCCGUCAGAAACACCCGCCAGCCCUCAGAAACACCUGCGAGCCCUCAGAAACACCCGCCAGCCCUCAGAAACAUCCGCCAGCCCUCAGAAACACCCGCCAGCCGUCAGAAACACCCACCAGCCCUCAGAAACACCCGCCAGCCGUCAGAAACACCCGCCAGCCCUCAGAAACACCUGCCAGGCCUCAGAAACACCCGCCAGCCCUCAGAAACACCCGCCAGCCCUCAGAAACACCCGCCAGAAACACCUGCCAGCCCUCAGAAACACCCGCCAGCCCACAGAAACACCCACCAGAAACACCUGCCAGCCGUCAGAAACACCCGCCAGCCCUCAGAAACACCCGCCAGCCCUCAGAAACACCCGCCAGCCCUCAGAAACACCCGCCAGCCCUCAGAAACACCCGCCAGCCCUCAUAAACACCCGCCAGCCCUCAGAAACACCCGCCAGCCCUCAGAAACACCCGCCAGCCCUCAGAAACACCCGCCAGAAACACCUGCCAGCCGUCAGAAACACCCGCCAGCCCUCAGAAACACCCGCCAGCCCUCAGAAACACCCGCCAGCCCUCAGAAACACCCGCCAGCCCUCAGAAACACCCGCCAGCCCUCAGAAACACCCGCCAGCCCUCAGAAACACCCGUCAGCCCUCAGAAACACCCGCCAGCCCUCAGAAACACCCGCCAGCCCUCAGAAACACCCACCAGACCUCAGAAAACACCCGCCAGCCCUCAGAAACACCCGCCAGCCCUCAGAAACACCCGCCAGCCCUCAGAAACACCCGCCAGCCGUCAGAAACACCCGCCAGCCGUCAGAAACACCCGCCAGCCCUCAGAAACACCCACCAGCCCUCAGAAACACCCGCCAGAAACACCUGCCAGCCGUCAGAAACACCCGCCAGCCCUCAGAAACACCCGCCAGAAACACCUGCCAGCCGUCAGAAACACCCGCCAGCCCUCAGAAACACCCGCCAGCCCUCAGAAACACCCGCCAGCCCUCAGAAACACCCGCCAGCCCUCAGAAACACCCGCCAGCUCUCAGAAACACCCGUCAGCCCUCAGAAACACCCGUCAGCCCUCAGAAACACCCGCCAGCCCUCAGAAACACCCGCCAGCCCUCAGAAACACCCGCCAGCCCUCAGAAACACCCGCCAGCCCUCAGAAACACCCGCCAGCCCUCAGAAACACCCGCCAGCCCUCAGAAACACCCGUCAGCCCUCAGAAACACCCGCCAACCCUCAGAAACACCCGCCAGCCCUCAGAAACACCCGCCAGCCCUCAGAAACACCACCAGCCCUCAGAAACACCCGCCAACCCACAGAAACACCCGCCAGCCCUCAGAAACACCCGCCAGCCCUCAGAAACACCCGCCAGCUCUCAGAAACACCCGCCAGCCCUCAGAAACACCCGCGAGCCCUCAGAAACACCCGCCAGCCCUCAGAAACACCCGCCAGCCCUCAGAAACACCCACCAGACCUCAGAAACACCCGCCAGCCCUCAGAAACACCCGCCAGCCCUCAGAAACACCCGCCAACCCUCAGAAACACCCGCCAGCCCUCAGAAACACCCGCCAGCCCUCAGAAACACCCACCAGCCCUCAGAAACACCCACCAGCCCUCAGAAACACCCGCCAGAAACACCUGCCAGCCGUCAGAAACACCCACCAGCCCUCAGAAACACCCGCCAGAAACACCUGCCAGCCGCCAGAAACACCCGCCAGCCCUCAGAAACACCCGCUAGCCGUCAGAAACACCCGCCAGCCCUCAGAAACACCCGCCAGCCCUCAGAAACACCCGCCAGCUCUCAGAAACACCCGUCAGCCCUCAGAAACACCCGUCAGCCCUCAGAAACACCCGCCAGCCCUCAGAAACACCCGCCAGCCCUCAGAAACACCCGCCAGCCCUCAGAAACACCCGCCAGCCCUCAGAAACACCCGCCAGCCCUCAGAAACACCCGCCAGCCCUCAGAAACACCCGCCAGCCGUCAGAAACACCCGCCAGCCCUCAGAAACACCCACCAGCCCUCAGAAACACCCGCCAGAAACACCUGCCAGCCUUCAGAAACACCCGCCAGCCCUCAGAAACACCUGCCAGCCGUCAGAAACACCCGCCAGCCCUCAGAAACACCCGCCAGCCCUCAGAAACACCCACCAGCCCUCAGAAACACCCGCCAGAAACACCUGCCAGCCUUCAGAAACACCCACCAGCCCUCAGAAACACCCGCCAGAAACACCUGCCAGCCCCCUCAGAAACACCCACCAGCCCUCAGAAACACCCGCCAGAAACACCCGCCAGAAACACCCGCCAGCCGUCAGAAACACCCGCCAGCUCUCAGAAACACCCGCCAGCCGUCAGAAACACCCGCCAGCCCUCAGAAACACCCGCCAGAAACACCCGCCAGCCGUCAGAAACACCCGCCAGCUCUCAGAAACACCCGCCAGCCCUCAGAAACACCCGUCAGAAACACCCGCCAGCCCUCAGAAACACCCGUCAGAAACACCCGCCAGCCCUCAGAAACACCCGUCAGAAACACACGCCAGCCCUCAGAAACACCCGCCAGAAACACCUGCCAGCCGUCAGAAACACCCGCCAGCUCUCAGAAACACCCGCCUGCCGUCAGAAACACCCGCCAGCCGUCAGAAACACCCGAUAACCCUCAGAAACACCCGCCAGAAACACCCGCCAGCCCUCAGAAACACCCGUCAGAAACACCCCCCAAGCCGUCAGAAACACCUGCCUGCCGUCAGAAACACCCGCCAGCCGUCUGAAACACCCGCCAGCGGUCAGAAACACCCGCCAGCCCUCAGAAACACCCGCCAGCCUUCAGAAACACCCACCAGCAACACCCGCCAGCUGUCAGAAACACCCGCCAGAAACACCCGCCAGCCGUCAGAAACACCCGCCAUAAUCACCCGCCAGCCGUCAGAAACACCCGCCAGAAACACCCGCCAGCCCUCAGAAACACCCGUCAAAAACACCCACCAGCCGUCAGAAACACCUGCCAGCCGUCAGAAACACCCGCCAGCCGACAGAAACACCCCCCAGCCGUCAGAAACACCCGCCAGCCCUCAGAAACACCCGCCAGCCCUCAGAAACACCCGCCAGAAACACCCAAACACCCGUCAGCCCUCAGAAACACCCGCCAGCCCUCAGAAACACCCGCCAGCUCUCAGAAACACCCGCCAGCCGUCAGAAACACCCGCCAGCCCUCAGAAACACCCGCCAACCCUCAGAAACACCUGCCAGUCGUCAGAAACACCCUCCAGCCUUCAAACACCCGCCAAACAGAUCUGCC